UUAACGACGUAAGUAUUAUUACCAGAGCAACGGCAAGACAUUGCAGAAUGCAGGAUGUGAAGGAAUAUAUUCCGGGGUUUUGGUAUUUGAUCAUACAUUUAUAAAAGUUGCGUACACGUUUUUUUACCUCUUCCUUCCACUACAUCAAGCUCAAAACUUUACUAUAUCCAACUGCUCGGGUUCAAGUUUCUCUUUACCAAGCGCACCAUCAAAUCACAACGAGGAUUUUAUAUUUUAAAAUUUUGAACAUCUCAACGUUAAAACUUUGAAUACAGAAAUUCCAAACAAUAGUACCAUAUACAUUGCAAAAUGAGUGGAGACGCUGUGCAUGGAAUUUCCUGCUAUUCUCUCGUUGCUAACUCGGAGACUGCAUACGAUGAGACCCUUACAUUUUAUCAAAAGCUUGGCUUCCAAAAGAUGGCUUUCUUUGGUAUCUCCGACACUCAUAAUGUUCGCGUUUGCAACAACUCUGUUCGUGAAGACUGGCUUCACGUUAGAGGCGAUAGCGACGGUGAGUCUGCCACUUUGAAGCUUCGCUAUGUUCCUGGCGAGUUCUCCCUUUCUCCUGUCUCCGAAGAAACUGAAUGGCGCGGCCAAAAGAGCUCCAUUGUAUUUUACUAUCCCAACUUGCCAGAAUUGGUUAAGAAAUUCUCUGCCGCAUCUAUUAAAUUCCAAUCUUUGCCUAAUGAGAAGAAGCCCGACGAGAUUUACGUGGAAGACCCUUUGGGCAACUUGGUUGGCUUUUCUGACCGCUAUAACCCCUUCGCUCAUGCUAACAUGAAGAAGUCUGUUGAAUCUGGCGUUCAAUCCAACAUGACCAGUGGCACUUCUACUCCUCUGGAUUCCGUCAAGAAGGCUACUGAAAACGUCACUACAAAGGCCCCUGGUGUCAAGAAGAAGGUUGCCGUUAUGACCAGUGGUGGUGAUGCCCCCGGUAUGAAUGCUGCUGUUCGUGCCGUAGCUCGUUAUGCCAUUCACCGCGGCUGCGAUGCUUUCGCCGUUUACGAAGGUUAUGAAGGUCUUGUCCAAGGUGGUGACAUGAUCCGUCAAUUACAAUGGGCCGACGUCCGUGGCUGGCUCGCUGAAGGUGGUACCUUGAUUGGUACUGCUCGUUGUAUGUCUUUCCGUGAGCGUGCCGGUCGUCUUCGUGCCGCCAAGAACUUGAUCUCUGCCGGUAUUGAUUCUCUUAUUGUCUGUGGUGGUGAUGGUUCCUUGACUGGUGCUGAUCUUUUCCGCUCUGACUGGCCUGAUUUGGUGCAAGAACUUGAGGAUACUAAGGCCAUCACUGUUGAGCAAGCCAAUCUUUACCGUCAUCUUACCAUCGUUGGUUUGGUUGGUUCUAUCGAUAACGAUAUGUCCUCUACCGAUGUCACCAUUGGUGCCUUCUCCUCACUUCACCGUAUCUGCGAAGCUGUCGACUCUAUCUCUUCUACUGCCAUUUCUCACUCCCGUGCUUUCGUUGUCGAGGUUAUGGGUCGUCAUUGCGGUUGGUUGGCUGUUUUGGCUGCUUUGGCUACUGGUGCUGACUUUGUCUUCGUCCCUGAGCGCCCUGCUCAAGUCGACAAGUGGCAGGAUGAAAUGUGCAAUGCUUUGAGUGCCUUCCGUAAGCAAGGUAAGAGAAAGUCUAUCAUCAUAGUCGCUGAAGGUGCUAUCGAUUCUGAACUCAACCACAUUUCUGCCGAGGACAUUAAGAAACUUUUGUCUGAACGCGUUCACCUAGACACUCGUGUUACCACCCUUGGUCACGUUCAACGUGGUGGUAUCCCAUGUGCUUACGACCGUAUGCUUGCUACUCUUCAGGGUGUUGAUGCCGUCGAUGCUGUUCUUUCCUCUACCCCUGAAACUCCUUCUCCCUUGAUUGCUAUUAACGGUAACAAGAUUAACCGUAAGCCCUUGAUGGAGGCCGUUAAGUUGACUCACAAAGUUGCCGAUGCCAUCGAGAAGAAGGACUUCGCUACUGCUAUGGACCUAAGAGACCCUGAAUUCGCAGAUUACUUACACACUUGGGAAGGCACUACUUUCAUCCAGGAUGUAAACAACUUCGUUGCUCCUGAAGAGAGAAUGCGUGUUGGUAUCGUUCAUGUUGGUGCUCCCGCCGGAGGUAUGAACUCUGCCACCCGAGCUGCUGUUCGUUACUGUUUGAACCGUGGUCACACCCCUCUUGCCAUUGACAACGGUUUCUCUGGCUUCUUACGCCACGACUCUAUCCAUGAGCUUUCUUGGAUUGAUGUUGAUGAAUGGUGCAUUCGCGGUGGUAGUGAAAUUGGUACCAAUCGUGAUACCCCUGACCUUGAUAUGGGUCACUGUGCCUACAAAUUCCAACAACAUCAAAUUGAUGGUUUGAUCAUUGUUGGUGGUUUUGAAGCUUUCACUGCCCUCUCUCAAUUAGAGCAUGCCCGUGUCAAUUACCCUUCUUUCCGUAUCCCCAUGGCUAUAAUUCCUGCCACCAUCUCUAAUAACGUUCCUGGUACUGAAUUCUCUUUGGGUUGUGAUACUUGCCUUAACUCAGUCAUGGAGUAUUGUGAUACUAUCAAGCAAAGUGCUAGUGCUAGCCGUCGCCGUGUCUUCGUUUGUGAGGUUCAAGGCGGUAAGUCUGGUUACGUUGCUACCGUUGGUGGUCUUAUCACCGGUGCUUCUGCUAUCUACACUCCUGAAGAUGGUAUCACUUUGGACAUGUUGCGUGCUGAUAUUGACCAUCUUAAGCAAACUUUCGCUAUGGAAGCCGGUCGCAACCGUGCUGGCCAACUUAUCCUUCGUAAUGAAUGUGCUUCUAAGGUCUACACCACUGAUGUUAUUGGUGACAUAAUUAGUGAAGAAGCUCAUCACCGCUUCUCUGCUCGUACUGCUAUUCCCGGUCACGUUCAACAGGGUGGUAACCCCACUCCUAUGGACCGUGCUCGUGCUGCUCGUCUUGCUAUGCGUACUAUUCGUUUCUUCGAGAACUGUCGUGCUAAUAAUUUGGGAGCCGAGACAGGAUCCGCUGCUGUCAUCGGUAUCCGUGGUACCGGUGUCACCUUCACUCCUGUUGCUGAAGUCGAGUCUAAUGAAACUGAAAUUGAGCAACGCCGUCCUAAGAACGCCUGGUGGCGUGGUAUGCAUGAGUUGGUCAACAUUUUGGCCGGCAAGACUUUUUCUGCUUAAGUAUAAUUAAAAGUCAUGGUUAGGAAUGAACCACUUUGUUUAUUUUGGUGCCUGAGCUAUUUUAACAUGCUGUCUACAAUAGACUUUGUUUUACCUUGUUGGAAAUCGGUAUGAUACUAGAUUCACUAGGACAAAAUAUAAUGGUUAAUAUAUUUUUGAAAGUUGUAACAAAAGACUUCGUAGCCCAUCAGUAGUUAAGGAUAAAA